AGCCGCCUGGCCCAGCAGAGCCUGGCCGGGCCCCGUGCCCGCGGGGGCCACGGCCCGCGCCUUGCGGCCUCUGCGCAUCGCGCGGCCUGGUUCACGGCGGCGCAUGCGGAGAGGACCGGACCGAGGACCCGUCGCCUGCUGCAGCUGCGUCAUGACCGAGAUGCUCGGCCGGCAUGGCGAGGGCUGCCGCGCACUGCGAGGUCCGCCGGGCCCUGGGGCCCCGCGCCAGGCCGCGCUUUCGGGGGCUGCCCGAGCGCGCCGAGCGCGACUUCGACGCCAUGAACGAGGCCGCGGGCCUCGGUGACGUGGCGACCGCCGAGCGCCUGUUCCUGCGCAUGGAGGGCCACGCCCCGCCUCUGCGGAGGAUGGUGCUGAACACCGUCCUGAAGGCCUGCGCCAACAAGGGUGACCUGCACCGAGCAGCGGAGUGGUACGGCCGCAUGCGCGCGGACGGCGUCCCCGCCAACAGCAGAACGUUUGGCAAGAUCAUCGAGGCGGCCGCGAAGAGCGGGGGCGCCGGCGACGCUGUGGCGUGGCUCGAGGAGAUGGUCCGGGAGUUCCCAGAGGACUCGGUGUCCAUGGGCGCCGUGGUGGACGCUCACGCCAAGGCCGGGCUCACGAGCGACGCGGGCGCCUGGAUCGACAGGAUGGAGGGCCGCGGCAUGGCGAACACCAGCUUCCCGUACAACAGCCUCGUAUCGGCCCACGCCGACGCGGGGCGAGUGGAGGAGGCGGUCGAGGUCCUCGGCCGGAUGGAGGCCGCGAGGGUCCAGCCGGACGAGGUGUCCCACAACAGCAUGGUCCACGCCUGCGCGAGCGCUGGGCGCCCCCAGGAGGCGGCCGGCUGGUUCCGCCGCCUGCGGGCCUCGGGCGGGCGGCCCGGCAGGGUCGCCUACAACAGCCUGAUCAACGCCUGCGCCAAGGCCGGCCUGACCCGCGAGGCGGUGCAGUGGCUCGGCGAGAUGGAGGAGGCGAGCGUGCAGCCCAACGAGAUCACGUACAACACCGUCAUCAACGCCUGCGCCUGCGGCGGGCAGGUGGAGCUGGCCUCGGGCUUUCUGCGAGGCAUGCGCUCCAGGGCCGCCCGCCCCGACGUCUACUCGUACAACAGCGUGAUCAAGGGCCACGCACGGGCCGCAGACGCCGACUCGUGCGUCAAGUGGUUCAGGGCCAUGCAGGCUGCCAACGUCACCCCCGACGCAGCCUCAUUCGGCAGCCUCGUCAGCGCGCACGCCCGCGCCGGCCGCGCCCAGGAGGCGGAGUCCUGGCUCCGUGACAUGGAGGCGGCGCGCCUGGACGCGGACCAGGCCGCCUAUGGCAGCGUCAUCAGCGCCCACUCCAGGGCCGGCGACCCCGAGUCUUGCAUGAGCUGGCUCCAGAGGAUGCGCGCCGGAGCGCUGGUGCCCGACGUGAUCACCUGCAGCAGCGUCGUGAACGCGUUUGCGCAGACCGGGAGGGCGGAGGAGGCGGUGCAGUGGCUGGCUCAGAUGCGGAGCGCGGGCCCGAGGCCCAACGUCGUCUCCUACACCAGCGCCCUCAAGGCGUGCUGGAGGCGCAGGCCUCCGGGCCGGGAGAUGGCCGUGGGGCUGGUGAGGCAGGCGGUGGGCGACCGCCUGAGGCCCGACGCCGCCAUGCUGGGGCUGCUGGGCCGCAUCGUGGGGCAGGUCGGAGGAGGAGAAGAUACGGUCGUCCUCCUCCUCCUCCUCCACCUCCUCCUCCUCCUCCUCCUCCUCCAUCUCCUCCUCCCUGGUCAGAGGAGAAAGAGGGUCGGUCGGACCGAGUUAUAAGACCCACACCCCCUCGCGUUGUGAACAAAAACACGGCGACGGGUUUUUCGCUAUUCUCGGCCUCUGGGAGCGCUUCCCGGGCCUCGGGACCUUGAAAAAACGAUUCGGGAUGAAAAACCGGUCCUGGGGAAUGGGUCCAGACCUCUGGGGGUCGAUGUUGUGACAAAAAUCACUACGGCGGGGGUUUGGAGAUCGAGGUC